UUUUUUUGUCCUUCUCUAUCAAAUUAUUGCUACUCUUUUUCAUUAGGUUUUUCCUACAGGGAACGCAGGAAAUAUUUAGGGCUCUAAAUACAAAAGUGACUUCCAAAUUCAAAAAUGGACUCCCAAAAGGCAAAGACCAUAGCCGCCAUACCACUGGAGCACCAGAGAAGACCCCAUAGCGCACAUAUUCUACAGGCAAGGCCAUCCAUUUGGGGCAGAAAUAGUGGCGGAUCCACCCAAACCCCAAAGUCGAAAGCAAUUGUCGCCGUGCCUGCGCUUAGGAUGCGUUCAAAGAGUGAUUUAGCCACGCCGCACUGCCCGAAUCCGUAUGCACAACACUUCAGCAAGUGCAGCGAUCCGAUGAAGUCUGUGCCGGCAGCGGAGCUGGAGCUGCUACGCAGUGGGCAGCGAUCCACCUACCUGGAGCGCCGGUACGAGCACAGCCCCGACGACAAAUACAACUAUCCGGAGGCUACCAGCUGGCGAUACGGCUGGUUCCAUUUGCAGUCCAAUCCUUGCCAGAAAAGACAACCAAGAAGGGACUAAUUCGAAGGUUGUCUUAUGCCGUAAACAGUUUCAGAAACAGUACUUGAAUUAUUCUUAUAACUUUGGGUAGAUCGUAAAAUAAAUAGUGUUAAAAAAAGGCAGU